GUCUCCUCGCACACCUCACCAACUGCAGGGUGCCCGCCCCACGGAAAGGUGGGCUGGAGUAAGGCCGGAAGCCAGGGCGUGGCUCCUCUGCGGUCCCCCUGCUGGGGCAGAGAGGCCAGGGUGCGGCCGAAGGCCCAGGGCCCCUGUGGCCAUCUCCCUAGUCGUCGAGUGGCUGAAAGCACCAAGACCGGCCAUAGCUGCCGGCUCUCCUCGAGCCCCGGUGCCACCCCAGGCAGUCAGGCCUGGCAGCUGCCGGUGCCCACCCCAGGCAGUCAGGCCUGGCAGCUGCCGGUGCACCACAGGCCACCAGGCGGUUUCCGCCAGAUCCUACCGCCUGCCUCCCUCCCGGGAGAUUGCGCAAAGCCCCACCGCAUGGCAGCUCAGAGGUUUUGCCGGGUCUGUGGAGCCUCAGAGAUGCCCACGGCCCCCUCUCCUGCGCUCGCCCAUCUCCUCCGUGGAUGCCACGCCAGCUCCCCACCCCCACCCCGAGACCAGUCUGGUCCUCACCAACAGGCAGGAGCUGGAGGAGGCCAGCAACCCCAGGCACCCAAGAGGGAAGCAGGAGGGGGACCGCGGGGUGGCGGAAAGCCCCCAGGAUGGCGAGGGGCAGCUGACCCAGGCCGUGGUUCCUGUUCACGCCUCCUUCCAUGACCCCCAUCCCAAGGACCUCAAGAACGUGAGCGGCCUGAGGCCUCCGGAUGCAGAACCCGAGAGCCAGUCCUUGUCCUGCCACAUCCAGGACCGAGAGGGGUCCAGCAGCAGCGGGGGGAGGAAGCCGGUGGGGCACCAGCUUGGCUGAGUGGGGAGCAGAUGAAAGAGCUUCCCUCCAGCAGGGCUGCGCAGGGGCUGUGGCUGUGAUUGGACGGCGUCUCUGCCCAGUGGCUGCUGUGAUUUGAGAUCUCUGGGUGCCCUGGGUGGCUGACUCUGGGAGCUGCGGAUGGGGACGGCUGGGUGCAGCCCCUCCCCGAGGCUUCGGGCCUUGGGGGCCUUGGCCGGAGCCACCCUCCUCUUCACCCUGUGGCUCCUGUGGCAAUUCCGGCCGGCCCCCGUGAGGGUCCCCGCGCCCCCACGCACGCUCCUCGUCCUCAUCUGGCACUGGCCCUUCGCCGACCAGCCCCCCGAGCUGCCCAGCAACACCUGCACCCGCUACGGCGUGGCCCACUGCCACCUGAGCACCAACCACAGCCUGCUGGCCAGCGCGGAUGCCGUGGUCUUCCACCACCGCGAGCUGCAGACCCGGCGUGCCCACCUACCCCUGGCCAGCCGGCCGCGGGGGCAGCCCUGGGUGUGGGCCUCCAUGGAGUCGCCCAGCCACACCCACGGCCUCGGUCGCCUUGGCGGGAUCUUUAACUGGGUGCUAAGCUACCGGCGAGACUCUGAUAUCUUCGUGCCCUAUGGCCGGCUGGAGCCCCACGAGGGCCCCGCGCCGCCCCUGCCGGCCAAGAAGGGGGUGGCGGCCUGGGUGGUCAGCAACUUCCAGGCGCGGCAGCGGCGUGUGCAGCUGUACCGGCGGCUGGCGCCCCACCUGCGCGUGGACGUGUUCGGCCGCGCCAACGGGAAGCCACUGUGCGCCAGCUGCCUGCUGCCCACCGUGGCCCGCUACCUCUUCUAUCUGUCUUUCGAGAACUCACAGCACCGAGACUACAUCACCGAGAAGUUCUGGCGCAACGCACUGGCAGCCGGGACGGUUCCCGUGGUGCUGGGGCCCCCGAGGGCCAACUACGAGGCCUUUGCACCAGCUGACGCCUUCGUGCACGUGGACGACUUCGGCUCGGCCCAGGAGCUGGCCUCCUUCCUGGCUGGCGUGAACGCCAGCAGCUACCGGCGCUACCUCGCCUGGCGAGACCGGCUCCGCGUGCGGCUGUUUGAGGACUGGAGCGAGCGCUUCUGCGCCAUCUGCACCCAAUACCCCCACUUGCCUCGAGGCCAGGUGUACUGGGACCUCAAGGCCUGGUUCCAGGCCUGAGCUCUGGCCCGACGAGGAGGAGGCUGAGGAGGGUGGCUGGGCGCCGGUGGUGGGGGUGGAAGGGCUGGGUGUUGAAAUCAAACCACUGGGCAUCCGGCCCCCACACGCCAUCAGGAUAGUGCAGAGGCUGGGUUAGAAACUGGAAAGCAGAGAUCAGGUGGGAGUGGGCUGGUCCGGGCAGACUGCCUGGAGGAGGAGGCUGGUGGACACUGGAGCAGGCAUUGGGGGGGUGAAGGUGAGAGUGGGAGAGAGUUAGUGGAGGUGCAUGUGGCGAGUUGAUCUAAGAUACAGGCUCCCAGGGACCUCUGAGGACCUCCCUCCCCACCUCGACAAAACCCCCGUGGGAUCCUCUGUCCCAGACAGCGGUUGGGAGAGGCCAGGGGUUGGGCCUCCUGCAGUCUGGAGGGAAAACUCUGAGCCCCCAAACCUCCUCUGUCACCGAGGUCCCUUGGCUUGGGCCGUGCAGGUGCAUCACCCACAGCCUGCACUGUGCUGGAGCCGGGUCCGGGGACGCCAGGACAAGCCGGCCAGCCUGCAUCUCUGGGAGGGUCAGCGAUCAGUAAAGAAAGGAAGACAAGAA